AUGCAACAACAGCAACAGCAGCAACAACCUUCUCAACAACAACAAGUUCCUACUGUCCAAACUCCACAACAAUAUUCUCAACCUUCGAGUCAGAAUGAAAACUAUUAUUUUCAAGCUUCAAGAGGUUAUGCUUAUUCCCAAGGAAUUGCUUCAAGCAAUAGCACUACAAACUUACAACAAUAUCCAAUGAAUGAACCAAGACAAUCAGGUGCAUCAGUUGUUCCUUCUUCUGCUACUCCAACAGAUAAAUCAUCAACAUCUGUUACUGUUACUACUCCACAUUUUAGUUCAGACCAAUACAAUUAUUUGGUUCCUUCUUUACCACCAUUAAAUCAAAUUGGAGCCACCCCUCCAAACUCCCAACAACAACAACAACAGCAGCAACAUACUUAUGAUGUGUCACCAUUGGCUUCCAAUUAUGUUCCAGAUAAUUCUCAUUUUGCUGCUCCAUUAUUGGAUCCAAGUAGACAAGCAACCUCCAGUGUUCCACCACCAUCAUCGUCAUCUGUUGUAUUACCAAAAAGAGGACGCAAAAGAAGACACACAGCUACUGUUCAUGAUAUGACUCCGGAAACAGCUGAGAGAAACAGAUGCCGUAUUUGUAACAAACAAUUCAAGCGUCCAUCAUCUUUACAAACCCAUUAUUAUUCUCAUACCGGGGAGAAAAUCUUUAAAUGUCCUUGGGAUGGUUGUGGAAAAUUGUUUUCUGUCAAAUCAAAUAUGACUAGACAUUACAGGUUACAUGAACGUGAUUUGAGAAGAGCUCAAGAACGUGAAAUGCAAACUAGAGAACAACAACAGCAUGUUCAUCACCAACAACAUCAACAACAGCAGCCACAGACAUCUGGCAUUCAUCACCAAAUGUCACAUGGUGUAACAUCAGUUCCAAAUCCAAUUCAGCCACAAUUACAAGCUCCUCUUGGUGUUCAUAAUACAGUUGGAUCUACAGGUAAUACAGGUGUUCCUCCACAACAAGAAACAUUCUACACUGUUCGUCAAGAAGAUCAAUCUUCUUCUACUGCUAGACCACAGUAUCCCACUUAUUUAUCUUCAACUUCAAAUUUAUCAAUGGGUGGGCCUGACUCAACUCAAUAG